AUGUCUACGACUAAGUACUCCGAGAAGGGGCAAUCCUUGUGCAGUGAAUCUACUCCCUAUGCCACGGAUGAUGCGACCCUUGGAACUGUCUCAAACAUAACCGCCGGCUCACAAUCUUUGCAUCGAAAACUACGCGGUAAAGAAGUGCAGCUAUUCGCAAUUGGUGGAGCAAUUGGAACUUCUCUAUAUGUCCAAAUGGGCUCUGCCUUGCCCAAGGGAGGCCCUGCUGGUCUCUUCAUUGCCUUCAUUCUAUGGGGAAUGGUCAUGUGGGCAGUGAACGAAUGCUUCGCCGAGAUGGUGACCUAUCUACCAGUACCAUCGCCAUUCAUUCGGUUUGGAGGCGAGUGGGUUGAUGGUGCGUUGGGCUUUGCCAUGGCUUGGAACUUUUUUCUGAACAUGGCAUUCCUUGUUCCUUUCGAAAUGGUGGCCAUGAACAUUAUGAUCACAUUCUGGACAGACAAGGUACCCGUCGAGGCUAUCAUCGUUGCGAUGAUUGUUCUCUAUGCUUUACUUAACGCAAUCAGUGUGAAAUAUUUUGGUAUCUCCGAGUUCUACCUGUCAAUCUUCAAAGUUAUCUUGAUGAUUGGGUUAUUCUGUUUCACCUUUGUUACUAUGCUAGGUGGCAACCCAUUGCACGAUCGAUACGGAUUCCGAUAUUGGGACAACCCUGGUGCAUUCGUUGAUCAUCUUAUUCCCGGGAGAACCGGUAGAUUCCUCGGGGUUCUGUCUUGUGUGUAUCAAGCUACUUUCUCAAUUUGUGGACCUGAGUACAUCUCUAUGGUCGCUGCAGAAGCCCAGAAUCCUCGAAAGAUUCUACCUCCGGCUUAUCGAUCGUUUGUCUGGCGUAUUUUGAUAUUCUUUGUGGGCUCUGCUCUUUGUAUGGGCAUCGUCAUUCCAUAUAAUGAUUCUACCCUGCUCUCUAUCUUAGGAGGGGAUAUCUCUGGAUCCGGUACAGGUGCAGCAUCACCCUAUGUCAUUUCCAUGCAACGACUUAAAAUCAAUGGUCUACCACAUCUCGUUAAUGCACUUAUCAUGACAUCCAUAUUUAGUGCUGGGAAUGGCCUACUAUUUGCGGCGACUCGCACACUGCAUGGAAUGUCACUCCAAGGUCAUGCUCCUCGGUUCUUUUCUUGGUGCACAAAAAGCGGCGUACCUCUUUGGGCACUUCUAUUCUCUCUGUCAUUUUGUCUACUCGCUUUUCUGCAAGUCAACAGCUCCUCUGCUGAAGUCAUGACGUAUCUUGUCGAUCUUGUCACUUGUUGCCAGUUGAUCAACUAUGGCUUCACGGCCCUCACGUAUCGACACUUUUAUUCUGCGCUGGCCAAGCAGGGGAUUUCCCGUGACAGUCUUCCUUACAAGGGUCGAUUCCAGCCUUAUACUUCUUACUUAGCUAUGGGCGGUACGGGCUUCAUGGUUCUGGCAGGUGGAUAUGAUCUGUUUCUGAAGGGUGGAUGGGAUGUGAUGUGGUUUUUCUUGGACUACGGCAUGAUCGGGUUUUUUAUCAUUGCUUUUGUUGGAUGGAAGCUGAUCUUCAAAACCAAAUAUGUGUGGCCGGGAACCGCAGAUUUAAGCCUCGGUGGACUGAAGGAAGAGAUUGAUAACUACGAAGCUCUUUAUGUGCCCCCAAGGAAGGCAAAUAGGCUGGUAAACAAGCUUUUUAGUUGA